GUUCUUCGCUUCUUCGUGUGAAUUAUUCUCACCCAACUCAACUGUAUAAAUGAGUGGCCGGCCGGAGUAUUUAUAAGAAUGGAUCGGAGAAAGAUUAAAGCUAGAAACGUUCGUACGUACACAUCAUAUCAUAUGCAGGUCGAUCGAAUAGGUAGCUAGGCUAGGUUUCAUCCAUUGCAUCAAAACGUACAUUUAUAUAGCUGAUCAGAAUACGUACGAACGACGUAGUUAAUUAAGAUGGUGAUGAUGGGCGGGGGCGCUAGAGUGACCGUUGUUGUGGUCCUGCUACUUGUUGAGGUUAUGUCGGCGGCGGCGGCGGCGAAGGCACCAGCCGCGGCGGCAGCAGCACCGGCAGCGGUAGGGGGAGGAGGAAAAUUAGUCGAUUCCCCACCCAUCCCUUCCACCAAGGCGGACAUCGAGAGCUGGUUCUCCUCCAACGUGAAACCGCUGGAGAGUCGAAAGGACAGCCUGGACCCGGCGUUGGUGGCGGCGGAGGCGGACGUGCAGCGCAUUAGGGUGAGCCGGGACGGAAAGGGAGACUUCAAGACCAUUUCGGACGCCAUUAAGAGCAUCCCGGCCAAGAACACCAAGCGUUACGUCAUCUCCAUAGCGGGCGGGAAUUACUCGGAGAAGGUGAAGGUUGAUUGGAACCAGCCUUUCGUCACCUUGUACGGAGACCCCAAGGACAGGCCCACCAUCAUUGCCGGUGAAACUGCUGCUAAAGUCGGCACCAUCUACAGCGCCACUCUCUAUGUCCUCUCCGAUUACUUCACAGCCAUUAACAUCAACAUUAUGAAUUCAGCUCCAAGACCGGAUGGGUUAAAAACCGGACAACAAGCUGUGGCCCUAACCAUAACCGGCGAUAAGGCGGCAUUCUACAACUGCAAACUGUAUGGAUUUCAGGACACCCUGUGCGACCACCAUAACAAGCAUUUCUACAAAGACUGUUACAUUGAAGGAACCGUGGAUUUCAUAUUCGGGGAUGCCAAGUCCAUCUUCCUGAACUCGGAAAUACACGUGAUCGAGGGGAAUCGGAUGGCCAUGAUCACCGCCCACGGCCGGAAAAGUGAGAGCGAGGACACCGGGUUCUCUUUUGUGCAUUGCACAGUCACCGGAACCGGGAACACGGCUGUGCUGGGCAGAGGAUGGUUUGACUACUCCAAGGUCGUCUUCACCUAUACCCAAGUUAGCGACGCCGUUAAGCCUGAGGGCUGGUUGGGAUUGCGCAGCGAUACCACCAAGGGAGGGUAAGUAUAUACUAUCCUCCGUUCCAAAUUAGAUGCAACAUAGCCCAAUGGCACACAGAUUAAGACAAAGCCAUAAAGUAAUUUGUUUCCUAUUCUACCCUUCUGCACCCGUCCUCCCUCAUCUGUUAGAAGCGUAUGAGUGAAUGACCGCAGGUCUGGAGUCCAAAGAAGUACCACAGCCAUGAUUUUUUUAUCUUUUCUCUCAUACACCCUUUUCUUCUUAGAAGGAAUGAACCGUCAAAAACUGAUGGUUACGCCUUACGUGAGCAUCCAUGUACCGUACUGGAGUCCAAUUGUAUUCAGCCUUACAUGAGUUCCCCUUCCCCUGAUGAUUACGUCGUUCCCGACCAGUUGAGAUCUUAGCCACAAGUUUCUCUCUAGUUCUGUCUCUUUGAAGAAAGGUAUCUCUUUCUCAGCCGGAGGAUGAGCAUCCAUGUCGCCUAUGCUGCCCAUGUCUACCUCUUUUGCUCCUGAUUUGAGAAAUCGCUUCAGUGUUAUCAGAUUGGGUCUUGACGAAAGUGGCAGAGCAAAUAAAUUUAAUUUGUGUCGUCCUCCACAUACAGGAUUUUUUUGCUGUAACUUCAAACAAAAUGAAAGAAAUGAAAAGAAGGAAGAAAUUGGAGGAAGGAUGAAGAAAAAACGAAGCCAGAAGAGAACGAGAUGUGCGUAACAGUAGAUUAGGGAAUGGGAGAGGGAAGAAAUGAGAAAGAUGAAGGAGUGAGCAGAUGGGUGAAAAGAUCGGAUGGCAGGAAUUUGUGGUGCAGAUGGGUUUAGUACUUUAGUAUGAAGCAUUACUUUAUUGGAUUUAAGGGUAAUAUAGUCAUUGUGGUUAUUUCUUAUUACUAAAAAAGGUAAUGUUGCAAUUAAAUUGAAACUACCCAAAAAGGAAAGUGUUGCAACUAAAAAAGAACGGAGGGAGUACUACGUAUAUUCAUACAUACUUCAAUUCCUAUAUAUAUUC